AUGUCGAGUAAAAAGAAGGCUGAAAAGGCCCCUCAAGCUAAAGGAGCUGAAGCUGAAAGCAUAAUAGAGAGCUAUUUAAUUGAACAGUACCGCCCCUUUGCUGUUAAUGACAUCAUUCAAAACCUCCACAACAAGGUGUCCAGAACGAACACCAUCAAGGCACUUGAGAGUCUAACUAAACAACAGCGCAUUACCUGCAAGACAUUUGGCAAAAUUGCAAUCUACGUGUGCAAUGAACAGGAACUCACGAGUACCAAUAUUGGUACCGGAACUGAUGUUUCGAUUGAGACUGUGACGCAAUUAAGGGAGGAGCUAUUAGAAACCGAAAAGGACAGGAGCGAAUACUCGGCGCAACUUCAAGGUGUUAUGAGACAUCCCCCUAACGAAGAACUCCUUGCAAUAGUUGAAGCAAAGAAAGCCGAGGUAUUAGAAGUCAAUAACAUGCUCCAGAAUCUGCUGUCCGAUUGGAAACCGGAAAACGAAGAACUUAUUCAAACUGUUAGGGCCUACGAACAAAAAAUUGGAAAAGAGCUCAGCGCCAGGAAGAAAAUUCUAAAUUCUGCCAUUGCUCUGAUGAAAGAAGCUCUUUCUCUAAAGAACAUCGACGAGUUCUUGGUACGUGUGAUGCCAGGCACCUUCAUCUAA